AUGAAUUCAACUCAUAAAAAGUAGAGUCUUUAAAAGUUAAAAAUUUCCUUCAUUGCUAAUAACAAUAGAGAGCUUAAUUUCAAAUUUAAAGAAAAAACAUAUUCAAAAACUCUAAAUCCCGUUGCUUAAUAUGUGAAACCCUUUUCUUUUAAGAAUUUAGAUUUAGCCACAUCAUCAAAGUAAAUAAAAAUUUCACUGUAUUUGUAGUUCUGAAUCUCUGAUGAAUGACUCCUUUCAAGAUAAUAAAAGUUGCUGCUGUUUAGAAUGUGGAGCAGUUAGUAAGAAAACUAAACAUUUAUAAAAAAAGUUUAUAAUCUUCACAACCAAAAUGUCAGUAUUAAGAAAACAACGAUUAUAAAAGAGAUUCAAAAAUGCAGUUCUCUGUAUUAUAUAUAUUUUGGAGAAAUGGAAAAAAAAUAAUAAAUAAGAAAGAGCAAAAAGAUUAUUUAGAUUUAAAACUAAAGUUUUUGAAAAUUAAUCUUUUUUUCCUGGACAAUCACAUCAUUAUCCUAAUCAAAUUAUGUAUAGUAAUUCUUAGAUUCCUUAUGAUGACAAAGUAAAUUUGAAUUAAUAAGUUUAAUCGAUUUAAGCUUAAAUGAUAGAUCAGAAACAUAAAUAGAGAUAAUCAGUAAGACUCUACUUAUAAUAAAAAUUAAAUAACAAUAAAAUAGAAUCCUCUGGCACAUUACCAACUAUUGCAUACAGCAAAUACCAUAAUUCCCUUUCAAGUUAAAUAAUUUAACCAAUGAGGAUACUAAAAACUCUAGGGGAUGAAUUAAAAUCUCCUAAAAAAGAGUAUAAUUUACUUAAUUAUAACUCAUCUAUGAUAAAUUCUCCUUACCUUUGUCAGUAUAGUGGAUAGAAACCAUAAGAAUAAUGUUUUACUUAAGUAAAAUCCCCUAGAUCUGUAAUUAAAAGUAUAUCAUCAGAAACUUUCUUUCCUUAUAAAUAAAAUAUACAUAAAUCUAGAAAAAAACUUGUUAAGAAGUUAAGAAAUAUAGAUUGA